CAAAUAUUCCACCGUCUCCGUCUUGAAAUUUUCUUGCCAUUUUUGCUUGCAAUUUACCUAUUCUACAUGAAAUUGUUUGGUGACUUUAUAAGAUUUACAUUCAUUGUCUGAAUGGUGCUAUUGGUGUUUCAACCAUCUUUAUAUUUUCUUGAGAAUUGUUUUAAAAAUAGACACCUCCUGACCUCAUAUAAUGCUAGGGUUUGUAUUUGGAGAUGCAAAGAAAAUUGUCUGCAGCCGUCUUUUUUAGAUAAUGCCUUGCUAAAAAUCUGUCACUUUAGCAUCAGGGGCUCGCCAAAUUUGAUAAGAUAGAUUUAUAUAAAAAAUAUUAAAAACCGCGCAGAAAACGGUUGAAAAUAAAAGUUCUUAUUUGCUGAACGACGAUGUGCAUUUAAAAACGAUUUAAAAGUACGAGUAUGUGCUGGAGAACGUGUCACGUAGUUGGGAACGUGAUUGUAAUUUGUAAUCAAGAAAGCCUAGUUGCCUUGGUCCAAAUUAUUUAAUCACAAUUCUCAUGUGAUUAAUCGCAAUUCCAAAAAAGUGUAAUAACGCAUCGGAUAUCGGACUAUGACACAGCCUAUCGAGCUUGUUAUUGAAUGAUCUUACAAUCGGCUUCGCUGACAGAGCGUUUCUCACACAUUCGACCUUAACCCUCACCCAUCAAAAUUGCAAGACCGCAUGGCGAAUUCAUUUAAAUCGUCAAACCAAAUUUACCAAUGUUCAAUUUUAUGGGCUUGAUUCCAAAUUAUCAAUGCCAAUUUUUAUGGCUGCAAGUGGAAACUAUCCCAUUGGCCUUUUCGUAAAGCAAAACCAUGUAUUUGAAUGAUUAUUUGUUUCAUAUAUCAUAGCAAUGUAACAUUGGCUCAAUCGAGACAAAGACGGUCUUUUCAAAGAGGUCAGCUGGCUUUAACGGCAAAGAUUACAAAGGUAUCUCAAAAUCCAAUUCGGUGUUAUCCAUUCCAUAAGAAACCUUUUGCUUGCAAGACAUCACAGAAACAAUGGGUUGUCGUAUGACCUACUCUCAAAAGAAACAUAGUCAAGACCUUCCACAUAUCCAUCAACAGCGGUAAGUCAAGGGUAAGUUUUCAACCGUUUUGUCCCUUUGUUUCAUCUUUUGUUUACUAAAUACACCUCAGUUGACCUCUCCAACGCAAGUGUUUCAUUUUUCAUCGCACCUUCUUUCCAUUCUUCCACCGUUUGCUCGAAAAUUCAAGGCGAUAAAGUUGGCUCACCAAAAAUCUUUGCAUUCUUUUCAUAGUCAUUCGAAUGAGACUCCCAACUCUUUCCUCACUCACUCACUCACUCCAACCUACUAUAUGUACGGUAUAUUGCAUAGUGGUUAAGCCCAGUUGAGCUAGAAGAUGCUCUUGCAGAGUGAGGAGGGGUCAUCUUGGGCUCAACGAACUUCGCAUGAUACCUACUAGAGCCUUCCUCACGACCAACCCAUUGACCCACAAUUGACCGAGCAUGCAGAACAUUCAAGGAAGAGUCUGCUCUCAGUCUCACUUGGGUUUUCAUGGAAUAAGGCAUUGUCACAGACUCAACAUUCACUUGUCAGUUUACCAAGCCACCAAAGAUAGUUUUAUUCGUGCCUGGAUUUUGGCGUUGGUCGGGCUGAAUUGAAUCAUUGGACACAUUCACUGAGUGUGAAGGCAGUAACGAAGGGUUACCUUCUCAAGGUGUGGCACCUUUCAGCCAAAGGUUUUGUUAAUUUGUUUGUUAUCUGAUGAACAACAGAACGGUUGGCGGUUACUUUUUGAGGGAUCUCCUACAAGACAAAAUGACCUCUGAAUGAAAUUGUUGGGUGGUAUCUCAUGUCAGAAAACACGCUCUUUGUUUGUUUGACCUUCUUAUUUCCCAGACAAAAGCGUCAAAUACGUAUAAGAAUCCUAUACCAAACCGAAGAAAAUCGCUACGGGCUACCGUCCGGUGUCUUUUUAUAGAGCCGAGGAAAACACCCUCACGUUAAAAUGAUAUUGCAAGCGGCCAAUAUGUUCGAACCAUCCGACUACCCCCCUCUUAACUCGAAAGUACCAGUUCAAUGAAACCUUGAUAAAAAUCUCGGCAAACCAUGCUUUGAGGCUCUCGAGGAGUCAGCCAGCUAUUUAGUGAGUCACUUCGGUAGACACACAAGGAGUUCGACCAGCCAAGUUUGGAGCGCACGGCGGGAAUGAAUCGGUUCAAAUUCCCGCCGCUUUUGCACGCGUUGAAUAAAAAGGUUCAAGAAAUCCUUCCUCGUUUCUCUUGUCAGUUCCGAAACGCGUGAGACUCCAAAGACAACCGUUAACAGAUCCCUAUAUCCAAACAUCCAAAGGAAACUUUACAACAAGAAAGAAACAUUCAUUGAUUGAAAUAGUGUCAAGUUCAGUAAUGUUUUAGUGUUUGCCAACCAUUAUCAAUAUCAAGAUGGGGCUUGCUUCGAGGCAGUUUUUUGUUCUUCUUGUGAGUCUUUUCGUGUGCAAUCACAAAUUUGCAGUGAGUCAGACAACUUUACCAGCUCCAACAGAGCCACAAGAUAAUAAGCCCACAACAACUCCCGUCACAAUUGACGAAAAUGAGGAAGUGUCGCCAACGACCUUAGCACCAGAAAACGAAGACGUUGUAGAUACAAUUCCAACUGAGCCUUCAGUUCUGGCAACAACUGGACCUUCUGUGGAGGACUUUACUUUGAGUGACGAUGAACCGGUCGCAGACGAAGCGGAUUCAGGAGCCAUUGAACCUGAGGAUGAGGCUACAACCGUCAUGGCACCUGGGGAGGAAGAUGCCGGUACCACAACUGCCACAACGACGACCACCGAAAUUGCCGUGCAGAGAACUGAAGACUUCGAGCUCACCUCGACUGAUCCAAAAUAUUCCGGAACAUAUCAGUUCCAGUUCCAAGAGAUGACCGGUGGAGAUAUCUUAAUACAUUGCCAAAUUUCUGUGGAUUCAGAGGAAGACUUUCCAGAGGGAGAGAGACCGGUGGUGUUUUUUAAUACCGCCUCGUGCUCCAACAUCGAGGCAAUCGAGGAUUUGGACGGGUUCCAAGUUGCCAUUCUGGAUAAACAUGAGGAUGACUCUACCUUAACCGUAAGCACAGCUAUACCUUUUGACGACAUUGGCGACGGUUGUUUGGUCAUUUUGGUACCAGCCCCACCAGCUGACAACGCACCCUUGGUUAAUGAUGAUAGUCCUUCCGAUGCUCAAACUGGUGACACUCCAAGCACUGAUCAAUCGAAUGGCACUCCAAGCACUGAUCAAUCGAAUGGCACUCCCCAAGAUCAAGGGUCAACUCCGGGCGACGAUGCUCAACCCAGUAUCGUUCCUAGGGAUGGAGGGUCAACACCGAACGAAGGUUCAUUAGACAGAAGUUCAGCCUCUCGGUCGGUCAAGAAGAUCUUUGUUCCAUCCUUGGAAGAACGCAAUGAUCGAGUGCAAUGGAACCCAUACGAUAUCGCGUACUUCGAAAAACUAAUCCAAGGCAAAUUCCACCGGUCAAAAAGGGCAUUGUUACCAACAACAAACCGAAUUGGAUUUGUCGCCUCUGAUUUCCGAAUUCUGACUUUGGGUGGAGCAAAGACUAUUACGUUCGCAGCCUCUCCUUCAGUAGCAUUUCGCCCGGCGGUUAUAAACAUUAGACCAGUGUCCUCAUUUUCUGGAGGAUCGUCGGCUCCAUUAGAUCCAUUUUCCACAUUUCCCAAUGUCCAAUUGCCGGGAAUUGGAGCUUCGUUUUUCAAUACUAUCAGUGUUAUCCUCGUCAUUGCCUACAUCAUUGGCUUCUUCGUUCCAUUCGUCGGGUUCCCUGCUAUUCGAAGAGUCUCAAACACUGUUGACGAAUGGCAAGUACCCAGGAGGAUGGCCAAAUUAUUGCGAUAUAAAGUGGAUGUGGCCUUAAACAGUCUAGCCCAUAAUGUCGGCACUGCUGUCGCCCGGUUUAAAAGAAGGAACGAUAAUACUUCUUUAAAUCCCAAUGACUAUUGGCGAGGCUGAUUUGAUAAGCUACUAGUUUUGGCCAAUUGCCGGUUUUGUUCAUACUUUUGAUGUGGAUCGUGUUAAAUGUGAAAUGAUUGAGUGAAAGUUCGUUUGUUCAUUUGUUUGUCAAAGAGCUAGCUAUUGUUCUAAUUGAAAAUAAAGUCGCAACCAUCAGGUUGUGGAA